CCAAAUUUGAAAGACUUGUACAACCGUUACUAUUGCAUGUGGCGUUAGUGGUUUAAUAUUUGACCCAAUAUUUGCAUUGCUACCCACAAGCUGCCAUUGUUUUUAUGCUGGCCAUGGGUAUACGUUACUUUUGAGCACACAUCGCGUGGCAUACUGAGGGGAGUGUACGCAACAUGGCCGCUCUGCGAGGUGUUUAUUUCCAGUGUCCUAAAUUCGUCCACCAUGUCCUGAUAUGGACGAUCCUAUUUACGUCAGGCUGUCGUGCUUUCACCGUGAGGCAAACCAGCGAUGGCGUCGACGUCCUUCUCGGCGGAACCUUGCUACUUCGCCACGAGAGAGCGAACCCCGCCAUUUCGGUCGGGACAGGCACCACAGUUUUCCGUGAGCUUCAUGGGAACUUCAACAUCUCGGACACGGUGGACUCACGAGUUGCGUUACCUGACGUCGCCGUGACGCAGCCCUCUCCGUCAGAGUACAGGCUUGUGUUCUCCUCUGGUGGCAACUAUCAGACUGAGAUGAGGCUGAUGACUGGGAACAAGGGGUACGAUCACGUGAUGAACAUCUCGAUCCCAGGGAACCUGGACAGAACGUGGCUGCGGCUCUACGCUGAUGACGGAGAGCAUGUUUAUGGAGGCGGGGAACAGUUUACGUACUUCGACCUGCGUGGACGGAGUUUCCCGAUAUGGACCCGGGAGCAGGGCGUCGGGCGGCAGCCGGGCACGUUCGUCACCGACGAGGCCAACAGACGUGACGGUGGCGGCGGGGACUACCACACCACUUACUGGCCACAGCCAACCUUCGUCUCCUCGCGGAGGUAUUUCUGCCAUUUUACCACCACGGACUACAUGAUUAUGGACUUUAGCGACACCAACGCCCAUGUGAUACAGAUGUGGGGCUCGCCGGGUGUGAUUCACUUCGGCUCCGCCGCCAACUUUCGGGAAAUCUCGGAACAGAUCGGAGAACUGCUCGGGAGGCAGCCGGAGCUUCCCGACUGGGUGCACGACGGCGCGAUUCUCGGCGUACAGGGAGGAACGAGCGAGGUUCUGAGGUACUUAGAACAAGCUGAAGCUCAGGGGGUCAAGGUCAACGCUCUGUGGAUCCAGGACUGGGCGGGAAGAAUCACAACGUCCUUCGGAAGACGACUGUUCUGGAACUGGGCGUGGGACGAGAACCAGUACCCGGGACUCCGACAAGAAAUCGUCAGACAGAAGGAGCGAGGGGUCCGAUUCCUCGGGUACAUCAACCCGCAUCUCAACAAACUCGGGGACCUGUACACCAUCGCAGAUUCCCGCGGAUACUUCGUGAAGAACUCCACGGGACAGACGUACAUACAGGACUUCGGAGAGUUCUUCUGCGGUACCAUCGACUUGACCAACCCUGCAGCCUUCCAGUGGUACAAGAACGAAGUCAUCGUCAAGAACAUGAUCGAGCUGGGCCUGGCCGGUUGGAUGGCGGACUUUGGCGAGUACCUCCCGCCCGACAUGGUGUUCCACAACGGCGUUCCAGGGCGAGAGAUGCACAACCUUUACCCAGCACUGUGGGCAAAGGCCAACAGAGAGGCAGUAGAAGAGUCCGGCAAACUUGGAGAAAUAGUGUUCUGGAUGCGGGCUGGGUUCUCCGGCAGUCAGAACUACUCCGUGAUGUCCUGGGCCGGAGACCAGUUUGUAGACUACAGUCUGGGUGACGGGCUGGCGUCAGUCAUUCCCGCCGCCUUGUCUCUAGGGGUGUCCGGCUACGGGCUGUCCCACUUCGACAUCGGGGGAUUCACCAGCUUGUUUGGGAUAACACGUACGGAAGAGUUACUUCUCCGCUACACAGAAAUGGCCGUCUUCACACCGAUGAUACGGACCCACGAAGGUAAUCGACCAGCAGAUAACUGGCAGGUGUACUCCUCUGACAGCACGCUGCAGCACUUUGCCCGGCUGGUGGACGUGCACGUCAGUCUGAAGGACUACAUCCGGGAACUCGUGCAGAACAACAGCCGUUACAACCUCCCCGUGCAGAGGCCGCUGUUCUUCCACUACCAGGAGGAUCCGGCGGUGUACAGCAUCAAGUACCAGUACCUGUUCGGACCGGAUGUGUUGGUGGCACCUGUGUACAUGGAAGGCGUGGACUCCUGGCAGGUGUACCUACCCGAGGGGGACACCUGGGUCCAUCUGUGGAGUGACAGAAGCUAUGACGGCGGCCAAUUGGUGACAGUGGACGCACCCCUCGGGCAGACGCCAUUUUUCUUCCGAGCGGCCUCCAGAUGGGCAUCCUUGUUCAGGACAGUCGCUAGAGACAACCCUCUGCCAGUGAACGGAACGAGCUUUCACCGCAUCAUCCUACCUUACGUCACAGCUAUAAUCGCCAUCUUUGUCUUCUUCUGGUUCCGAAAUCAGUGAUUCGACAAAACAGUUCAUGUUCUUUGUACUGUAGGUAAAGCUGUGUUACGCUGGUCGUUGAAAUCAGCACCACGUUUUAGACUAUAGAAAUUCUCUCGAAA